AUGGCAAAAAUCAAAGUAAAAAAGAAUGCAAAAGCGGAAUCGAAGCCGCAAGAAGCUAAAAAAUCUGAGGAAAUGGUGGUUUUACCGCCGGUUCGCAUGUCCGAUGAUCCUACUCCAAAACAGAUAAAAUGGAUUAACAGGCAAAGAGUCUUAGUUUUUGCAGCGCGUGGUAUUAACCACCGUCAUCGUCAUUUGAUGGAGGAUUUGAAAAAAUUAAUGCCCCAUCAUAAGACUGAAUCUAAAAUGGAAAGAAGUAAAAAUUUGUAUGUCGUCAAUGAAAUUAGUGAAAUGAAAAAUUGCAACAAGUGUUUACUGUUCGAGGGGAGAAAAAUGAGAGAUUUGUAUCUGUGGAUGUCUAACAUUCCUAAUGGACCAAGUGUAAAAUUUUUAGUUGAAAAUAUAUACACAAUGGGAGAACUAAAAAUGACUGGUAAUUGUUUGAGGGGAUCAAGACCGCUUUUAUCAUUUGAUCCACAAUUUACAAAGGACACUCACUAUUCCUUAUUGAAAGAAUUACUCAUUCAAAUAUUUGGUGUACCAAAACACCAUCCCAAGAGUCAACCAUUUUUUGACCAUGUUUACUCUUUCAUGAUUCUUGAUAACAGGAUUUGGUUUAGGAAUUAUCAAAUUUUGUCAGAAGAUGGAGCAUUGGCUGAAAUAGGUCCAAGAUUUGUAUUAAAUCCUGUUAAAAUAUUUUCUGGGUCAUUUGGAGGAGCUACUCUAUGGGAAAAUCCUAAAUAUGUCAGCCCUGCCAAAUUGAGACAAGCAUUUACUAAGAAAGCUGGUCAUAAGUAUGAAAGAAGAAUUGAGCAGAAAGUACUUUAUGAAGCCACUAGGCCAGAAACUGGGUACCCUGACAUUGAAGAUUCUGCAUUCUUUAAAGGCAACCCUAUGAAAAAAGCCACAAACAUUGUAAAAGAUGAAAUCGAAGAUGAACUAAAUGAAGAAGAGGAAGCAGAAGAUACAACUGAAAAAACAGAAAAACGACCUUUAUCAAUGAAAAUUAAGAAAACAAAAACUAAGCCAGACAUGGCUAUACGACGUAAACAAUUAAAAGCAAAGAGCAAAAAGAUUUCAGAUCAGAUUAAGAAGAGAAAACAAUUAAAGAAAAAGCCAGGAAAAUCAAAAUAG